AUGGCGACUUACUGUUAUUGAAUUUCGGAAUAUUAUUGUUUGUUUUUAUUAGAUUUUUGUUGUGUAUUCGUACUAUUUGUGCUAUUUGCGUUAUUGUUUCCACAAUGGGGGAUAUCGGUGAACUGUUGUCACAAUAUUUUGUGCGUUUAGCAUCGUUCCAAGGACUAAUAAAUGAUAACCAAGCGAGUGACAGCGGCUGUCAACAAACACGCGUUGGAAAUAAUAAAAAACAAACUGUUUCUAUAAGUGCUAGAACAUCGUUUAUAAAGUUAGCAAGAGCUGGAUUCUAUUAUGCUGGAACUGUUGAAGGUAUUCAAUGUUUUGUUUGUAAAUCGAAAGCAAGAUACAACAAUUGGCAUAACGAAUCUCCAGUUGCAGUCCAUCGAAUAUUGAAUCCAUGCUGUCCAUUUCUUAAAUCGGAAUCAUCUUUUUGUUCAAGUGAAAAUAACAUUUGCAAUAAUUCUACCACCAUACAAUCACCAACAACUGAUGGUCUCAUAUCUAAUCAUUGUUGUACAAAUAGUCAACAGCCAGAUAAUCCUACACAGUUGCAGGAACCCAGUGAUUCUAGAGGUGAAUCAAAUGAUGUUCCAAAUCUCAUUCGACCAGGUGAAACACCUCCAAAUGCUAGCACUAAUGAGAAUACAACACCUCAGUCAAUGAAUAGCAUUCGCAGAAAUUUAUUCUCAACAAGUCCUACCAGUAACCAAUCUAAUGUAAACGUUGAUGACAAUUCAAGCAACCAAAUAAAUGAAUCAACAUAUCAUAAUAAUAUCAGAUCUAGGUCUCGAUGGUCUGAUCAUGUUGAAGAAUAUACAGGAGGAAUUAUGUAUCCAAGAAUUGGUGACACGGUUUUCAAUGCUUAUGAAUCAUUUCGUAUUCUUACAUUUCCUAAUCCCCAAGAUGCAAAAGCUGAAGAAUGGUCUGUCAAUGGUUUUGUUCACAUCGGCAACAAUAAUGUUCAAUGUGUUUAUUGUGCAGCAGUGACAUCAUAUCAAGAACAAUUAAACAUCAGAGAUGUCCAUGAAAAAAUCUCACCAAAAGGUCGUUAUUAUUGUCCAAUGGUCAGUGGAAUUGACAUUGGAAAUGUGUCAAGAAAAUUAGAAGAGUUAGUCAGAAAGAAGUUGAUUGAUAAAAAUAACAGACCUAAAAAUAUGAAAAACAAUUUCCCUGUUCUGCAUCCGCAGUUUAGAAAGACAAAAGAAAGAUUGGCAUCGUUUGAGCAUUGGCCAAAACAAUACAAACCAACCAAAUUACAGUUAGUAGAGUCAGGAUUUUUCCAUACAGGGGUAGUAACAAAAGUUGUAUGUUUUUGUUGUGGAAUAUCUGUUAGAGAUUGGGAACCAGCAGCAGACACAUGGCAGCAACAUGCUUUAAUAUCACCAACAUGUUCAUAUAUAAAACUUAUAAAAGGAGAAGAAUUUAUUCAACAAAUGGCAGCAAUACAGCAACUGGUUGAAGUUGAUUCAUUAGUAACAGAGCCAGUAACAUCAAUAGGAGAAUUAAUUAUACCUGAUCCGUACCCUCCAACACUUAAUACAACUCUACUGGCAGCUUAUAGUACAUGUGGGUACAACAUAUCUCCUACAAAAUUACUUCAUCUUAUACAACAAUUCUUUAUACAUACCUGUGGAAGAUAUCCAAGUGUUGACAUGUUAAAAGCUGCUGUUUUAGCUGAUGGUGAAUUAAAGAAACAUGUUGACAUCAUAGAUCUAAAAGAUGAACAGCUACAGACUAAAGACAAACAGCUAGACAACUUAGAUCAGGUGAUGACUGUUAAAGACCAGCAUUACAAGGCUACUGUAGCUUCUCUUAACCAGCAUCAUAAUAUUAUCAUUGAUGGUAAAGAACAACAGUACACCCAACAACUGAACCAAGCCAGUCAACAACUGAACCAAGCCAGUCAACAACUGAACCAUAAAGAUCAACAACUGAACCAAGCCAGUCAACAACUGAACCAAGCCAGUCAACAACUGAACCAAGCCAGUCAACAACUGAACCAUAAAGAUCAACAACUGAACCAUAAAGAUCAACAACUGAACCAUUAUCGCUGCACCAAACGUCAACUGAGACAACACAUAAGAGAAAAAGAUGACCAUAUUGAGAACUUGUCAAACAGACUACAGACAGCUGUUGACAGACAUAAAGCAAGGGAAGAUAACUUACAACAAGUACAAUUUACUUUACAACAACAAAUACAGACACAGAUAUAUAGACAUCAAACAGAACUAGAUACACGAACAGCUCAAUUACAGGCUGAAAUACAGAAAUAUGAGGAAGAGUUAUCUAAUUUAGUUACUGAAUUCACCAGAUUGAGAUCUACAGUUAAUAACCGAGAAAAUCAACCUGACCCUGUAGCUAUAAAUCAACCCGACCCUGAAGUUGUAAAUCCCGAUAGAUGUCUGAUUUGUUUAUCUGAAACUCGUGUUGUUUUAUUUCGACCAUGUAAACAUGUUUGUUGUUGUACAAAUUGUGCUCCUCAUUUCAUGGAUGCACCAUGUCCCGUCUGUCGUACUCAUGUACAGGAUUGGGAAAUUGUUUUUCUUUCGUAAUUAAAUUAUCUUUAUUUAUUACAGUUCCAUUAAACCAGGAAUCUGUUCAUUAUUGUUAUGAUAUUAUUUCUUAAGUUAUUAGCUAUCUUAUUUCAAAAAACAAAAGGGCAAAUAAAACAUUUAUUGAAGUAGGGGUGAUACGGUAGAUAUUACCCUAUACAUUUAUAUAUUUUAUAAAAUAAAUCGAAAAAACUUGUUAUCGAAAUUUGUGGAUAUUCUGUUUAGAUGUAUAAAACAUUUAAACCAAGAUUUGGAAUUAAAUAUUAUACAAAUUAGUUUCAUUUGUUAUGUGGAGUUCUUAAAGGCAGCAAAAAUACCAAUACAUAGUUUUGUUUUCAAAAAUUAAAAAAAGUCUUUAAAAAAUAUUGUA